AUGUGGAUGCGAGUGGUUGUGAUGUUGAUCCUUGUCGGAAUCAUUGAGGGCGCAAAGAGAUCGACGACCAGGAGCAGUGUAGCGCUCUUGACACGACCUCGCCCGGUGCUGAGGCCGAGUGACCGCGUCAUGCCACUACCCCUGCUCGAAGACCCUCGUGAUUACGCUCGACCCGACACUCGAGAUCUCCUCGAGAGCAAGCUUCGCAGAAAGAUGGGCAACGCUCUCGACGAACGAUGGAUGUCCAUCACGGAACCAGAAUCGGCAUUAGGAAACGAGGUCGUCGAUCCGCCCAAUCUUCGCAAUACCUGGUUACGUCGGCAGCUGAUCUCGCUGAAUCUCUCGCGGGACUCGUCGAUGGUUAACUUGUCCGAUCAGGAGGUCGCGUCGUUGGAGUCAUGGUUGAUGUGGAAGGCGAACUGCAUCGUCCACUACGAGUGGGUCUACGUGGGACCUCUCUUCUGGCCGUCGUGGGUGAAACACGGAACGUGCCUCAAGAAGCCGUGCUCGUGGCCGGCGGGAAUGAGCUGCGUACCGGGUGACAGUACCAACAUCAGACUCUUACGUUGGCAUUGUCGUGGUCGCCAGACGUCGACGAUCACCAACGAAGAAUCGCAGACGAAGUCGACCGGUGGCUCGUCCAGUGGCAAACAUUGCAAAUGGCUUAAAGUGCCUUACGUUAUCACAACUCAAUGUAUAUGCAGUUGCAGCUAA